AUGCCUAACAAUUGUUCAACACUUAUUCAACGCAAACAGAAUAUUCUUCAUAAAAUUUUACGAAGUAGUAGUGAUGGUAAAAUUCAAAAUGCUAUAACUGAAACUACUGCUGAAUUAUGUGUAGCUGGUACUCGAAAAACUCCUGCUUAUUCUCCUACUUCAACAAAUCAUUUAACAGCAUCAUCAACUACUCGUCGAUUGAAUACAUUUAAUACAAAUCGUAUUCAACCAUCUUCAAAUCAUUUUUAUGAUACACAUUUACCAUCUAUACGAGAUACGAAUGAUAAUGUUGAACGACAACAAAAUCAAAUUUUUGAUGAACUUCAUGAUCGUCCUCAUUCGAAAAAACCAUCAAUGAAUACUAGUCCAAAAAGUGUGGGUCGUCCUCCAUCUACUUCAAUUUCAUCGAUUUUUAAUGCGCUUACAAAGCGAUCAACAGAAAAUUUUAUGAGUACAUAUGGUGAUUUUGAAGAAGUUGUCAAUCCAAGUGCAGUACCAACUAGUCGUCGAUCACAACAAUCACAUAAAGGAACUGCAACAAAACAAACUAUCGUACCUCAAAAACAAACGAGUGAUAAUGUAGGUGAUAUUCGUUUUUCAAAUAGUUCAGGUGAUAUAAAUCAACAACGAACAUUAGGGACAUCAGCUCGACAUCGAACAAAUAUACCACAAAUACAUGUUGAACCUUCUCUUACACCAGAAACAACAACUAAAGAACGAACUAAUACUGGUCAACAUUAUCAACGUCGUACACAUCAUACUGUCAAAACUCCUAUGAAACAAAAAAUUGAUAAAUAUCGUCGUCGUUCGGAAGAAGCUACACAAGCAACGAAUGGAAAUACACUAAUGAACGCAACUAAUAAUGGUUUAUCUGCUACUGUUCCUUCUUUAACUCCUUCACCAUUAGCUCGUUCAAAACAACCACCACCAUCUCCAACAACAGUUCGUCGUGUAUCAUCAGAUGCCGAACUAGAAGCUCGUCUCGAAGUUCUUCGUUUAUCAAUGGAUACAAAUUUUAUUCAUACUGAUCAACAACCACAAAGUCAAUCACAUCAAUAUUCUAAUAAUCGUAAUAAAUCUUCAUAUUUAUCUAAUACUCAUCAACAAAUAACUCCAAAAACAUCGACAUCAAAUCCUCCAACACCACCUGUUCGAUUUCGUCGAAAUCAUGGACCUACACAACCAACAUCUUCAGGAAAUUCUUCUCGACAGCAAAAUGUUAAUAAUAUAAAUAAUCGACCUACACAACAACAACAACAACGUUCAAUUAAACAAUUAACAAAAUCUAGUUCAGGAAAUCUUUAUUUAGCAUUUAUAGCAUCACGUCAUUUUUCAACAAUAGAAGAUAGUCUAUUUGAAUGUAAUAUUGAUCAUCAAAAAUUAUUAAAUAUAUUCACUUGGCUUAAAGAUGUUGAAGAUCAUCGUCAUGAACAAUUAGAUCAUGAACAAUUAUUAAAUGAACAAAAUCAACGUAUGCUUGAUCACGAAGAAAAUUUAUCAUUAUAUUCAGAAAUACAAUUUGCUGUUGAUGAUGUACCACCAAAUACGACUGGUAAACUAUGUGAAAAAAUUGAAACAAUACAAUUUGAAAACUAA